AUGGGAGACAACACAGUUCUGCGCAAGGAUCAACUGGAAAUCAGCUUGCACAAUGAGAAGAAGCUGAUCAAGGAGGGAGCCAUUAUUGAUGACAACCCUCUCGACCUCAGCGAACCUUUUCGGCAACUCUGCGAGUCGUGUCGUAAGGGGGACCUUAAGGUUUGUCAAGAAAAGAUCACUGAGGGGGUCAAUAUCAAUGCACGGGAUCAUUAUGAUUACACCCCCUUGAUUCUGGCGAGUCUUUGUGGCCACUACGAGGUCGCCCAGCUACUGCUAGAGUCCGGUGCUCUAUGUGAACGAGAUACCUUCCAGGGUGAAAGAUGCUUAUAUAAUGCAUUGAACGACCGCAUAAGGAAUCUGCUGCUCGAAUACGAUUAUUCGAAAUCUACCGAUCCUCUCCAACCUCUUGCUGCCCAUACAGCUUCGCUCCUGGUGCGGGAACAGCCCAAAACGUCAGAUAUAGAGGUGGCUACAGGCGAAGAAACUCUGUACUUGCAUAAAUUCAUUCUGGCCGCUCGAUCACCAUAUUUCUAUCAAAAAUUACAGGCUUCUCCCGAAACAACUACGUGGAAGCUCCCCAGUACCAUUCCACCCCAAGCCUUUGGCACGGCGAUCAAAUACCUAUACUUGGGAGAGCCUCCUCGGGAUUUAAGAAGCGGUCCCGGGACAGGGUUUACUGAAUCCGAAGUCUUUGCUGGAAUCGACAAGAUAGCCAAAUAUUUGGAAAUUAACAGUCUCGUUGACAGCAUAAUCGACGCCGGUGACAGAAGACUGGCACGCCAAAGGAGAACGACAGAGAUUGCGCGGGGGCGAGACCAGCUCGAAGGAUGGUUCCGAGAAAAUGUCCUCAAGCAUAAGAUAGAGAUCGAGACGUCGAAGGUCGGUGAAGUGAAAUGGGAUCAUAACAACCCGGUCUUUGCAGAUGUCUUGCUACAGGCAGACGAGAUUUUCGAGGAUGACCUUGACGGUGAAACUACCGGUACGACUGGAGCUUCUGAAGCUAGGUCUAUUCUGUUUCCGUGCCAUCGGGCGAUGCUACUGCGAUCCGAGUUCUUUCAGACCAUGUUCAAUUCACCCUUCCGCGAGGCCCAUAUGAAGGAACAUUUGCACAUCAUUCCCGUCGAUUGCUCACCAGACGUGCUGGAAAUCAUCUUGACCUUCCUUUACGCCGAAAGAGCAGACUUCCCUCUUGAUAUUGCGGUCGAAGUGCUAUUCGCGGCGGAUAUGCUCUUUAUCGAGAAGCUCAAGACCAAGGCCGCCGUUUUGAUUAGUACGCUCGGUAGUGGUAAUAUGUCACAAGCGGAAGCUACAAGGACCAAGGGAGAUGUGGACGACGACAUUGAUAUUUACGGCAUUAUCCGUGCCGGGUGGAUGACGCGAGUUCAGCGGCUAGAGGAAUUCGCUGCUCGCUAUUUGGCCUACCGUCUCGAGGCGUAUAUAGAUUCGCCGGAGUUUGCAGAGCUGAUCCAGGAGUCAGCAUCCCGUAUCCAGGGACGACAAGAGACCGAUUCUAUUGAGUUGUUAGAUGAUAUCCGGUUUUAUCUCAACGAGCGGUUUAGGCUACGGUUUGACGAUGCCGGAAUUGAAGAGAUGAUGGAGGAAACGGCACAGCAGCAAGCUGCGGACCAAAAGCUUGGUGACGAAGGCAUCGAGAAGGUCACCAGCGGAGUCGAAGAAAUUCAUAUCUCGUCAAACGGUCAUCCACAUCCUGAUGGUGAAGGAUUGCCUGAACGUCUGGCGCCCGCGCCAGCGAACGGACAGAACCAUGGCUCCAUCAUCAAGACAUUGGACGGUGCGGUUGUGGAAGAUGAAAUCAGCAAAGAUGCAAUAAACUACCAGAUUUUGAUGGAGAAGCUUGACCAGAUUCUGGAGAGCUUGAACUUGGACGCAUAG